ACCGGCAAGCCGCUGUGUGUCGGAGUGUUGGUUGAUUUGCUGUCAUGUCUGGCAGAGGCAAAGGCGGGAAGGGGCUCGGCAAGGGGGGCGCUAAGCGCCACCGCAAAGUGCUGCGCGACAACAUCCAGGGCAUCACCAAGCCGGCCAUCCGCCGCUUGGCUCGCCGCGGUGGUGUGAAGCGUAUCUCGGGGCUGAUCUACGAGGAGACCCGCGGUGUGCUCAAGGUCUUCCUGGAGAACGUGAUCCGCGAUGCUGUCACCUACACGGAGCACGCCAAGAGGAAGACGGUGACGGCCAUGGACGUGGUGUAUGCCCUCAAGCGCCAGGGACGUACCCUGUACGGCUUCGGCGGCUAAAGCUUUCUGCCUCCUGACCGUUUUGAAGACCCCAAAGGCUCUUUUAAGAGCCACC